UGCCUACUUCCUUUUCACUUAACAGGCACUAACCUGAAAACGCUAUCUCGCCUGCCUCCAAACUCUCAUUCUCUCUCCUUACGAUGGUGGCGGCGUCAACACUUCUCAGAUCCCCCUUCCUCUCUUCUCCAUUAUAUCCUCAACCUCACCAACCCACCGCCUCUAAACACCCCACAACCACCCACUUCACCACAGUCAAAGCCACUGCCUUCCCCACGUCCUCACCUGAUCCUUCGGCCGGCACCAGCGCCUCUCCACAAGCCAUCAAACACCGGCGCCCAACCAAUGAGAACAUCCGUGACGAGGCGCGCCGACACACCUCAACCCAUAACUUCUCCGCCAAAUAUGUCCCUUUUAACCCCGACCCGAGUUCCACCGAGUCCUACUCUCUCGACGAGAUUGUCUACCGGAGCCGCUCCGGUGGGCUUCUCGAUGUACAGCAUGAUAUGGAUGCAUUGAAGAAAUACGACGGCGAGUAUUGGCGGGCCCUUUUUGACUCCAGGGUUGGGAAGACCACGUGGCCUUAUGGGUCCGGUGUGUGGUCCAAGAAAGAAUGGGUCUUGCCAGAAAUUAAUAGUGAUGAUAUCGUCAGUGCUUUUGAGGGAAAUUCGAACCUUUUCUGGGCAGAGCGUUUUGGCAAACAGUUUCUGGGCAUGAAUGAUUUGUGGGUCAAACAUUGUGGGAUCAGCCAUACUGGGAGCUUUAAGGACUUGGGGAUGACUGUUUUGGUGAGUCAAGUGAAUCGGUUGCGCAAAAUGAAGCGGCCUGUGGUGGGAGUGGGCUGUGCUUCAACCGGGGACACGUCUGCAGCGCUAUCCGCUUAUUGCGCCUCUGCCGGGAUUCCCUCCAUUGUGUUUCUGCCUGCAAACCGUAUAUCCAUUGCUCAGCUGGUUCAGCCUAUAGCGAAUGGGGCUUUUGUCUUGAGCAUAGACACUGAUUUUGAUGGUUGUAUGCAGCUGAUUCGCGAAGUCACAGCUGAGCUGCCUAUAUAUUUGGCAAAUUCAUUGAAUAGUUUGAGGCUGGAGGGGCAGAAGACCGCGGCUAUUGAGAUUUUGCAACAGUUUGACUGGGAAGUCCCUGAUUGGGUGAUAGUUCCAGGUGGAAAUUUGGGGAACAUUUAUGCAUUUUAUAAAGGGUUUCACAUGUGCAAAGAACUGGGGCUUGUUAAUAGAAUACCAAGGCUUGUUUGUGCUCAAGCUGCAAAUGCCAAUCCGCUUUACUUGUACUAUAAAUCAGGCUGGAAAGAAUUCAAGUCUGUUAAGGCUAAUACUACAUUUGCUUCUGCUAUUCAGAUCGGUGACCCUGUCUCUAUCGAUAGGGCGGUUUUUGCAUUGAAGAAUUCAAAUGGGAUUGUUGAGGAGGCGACGGAAGAGGAGUUGAUGGAUGCUAUGGGUCAAGCGGAUUCCACUGGGAUGUUUAUAUGUCCUCACACUGGCGUGGCAUUGACUGCAUUGAUAAAGCUGAGGAACAGUGGAGUUAUUGGGCCAACAGAUAGGACCGUGGUGGUGAGUACAGCUCAUGGAUUGAAAUUUACCCAAUCCAAAAUUGAUUACCAUUCUAGGGAGAUUAAAGACAUGGCAUGCCAGUAUGCAAAUCCGCCAGUACAAGUUAAGGCCGAUUUUGGUUCAGUCAUGGAUGUUCUCAAAAAGUAUUUGCUGAGCAAAGAUUCCAAGUACUAGACCUCAUAUUAUGACUUGUGAGCAUGGAUUUGGAGCUAUUCUGCAGUUCGGUAGAUUUACUGCAGAAAAAGGGAAAAAAGAAUGCAAAGUUCAGUAGAUAUAGGAGCGUACGUGAGGUUUCACUUCUAAUCUAAGAACUGCAUCAUCCCUUUGACGUGAUAAAUUUUUUUCCUUGGGAACUUUAUCUUGAAAUAGCCGUUGUACUUCAUAGUUAGAAUCUUAGAUAGGGCCAUGGUACAAGUUAUUGUUGAAUUUCUGUAAUAAGCUAGCCCUUUUUGUAAUAGAUUGCUAAAUCUUUGGAGUAUCUAGUGUACUGUUUUCUUUAUUGCCAAAAGAGGUCAACUCUAGCAUCUCGUAUAGCCAGUUACUAGUUUUUUUAAGUUAUUUCAGUAUUUCCUGUCAAGUAGGUAGCUUCCACAAAGUGACUUAAUUGCAAAUGAAAUGUUUAAUUUCGCUUCUGCAGUGAAGUGCUUUAAUAACUUGUGGAACUUGGUUGUAUGUUGUGUUUACUUUUGUGUUGUUAAUGAUGAUGAUUGGUUGAUCCUGCCUGUUUGAUUUGAUGGUAAAGCAUUAAGUUAUUUCUACUUUUGUCUUUUUAAUGAUGACGGGUGGUGGAUUCUGCGGUAAUCACAAACUCAUUGGAUACGUGCGAGAAAGACAAUCCUCGGCUAAGUAGAAUUGGAAUCCCUGGCUGCAACUGCUCUGAUUUACAGCCUCCCCGGGCUGAAUGAAUAUUCAGGAACUCAGACUUGGUUCCUAUCAGGAAGCUAUUGUGUAAAUGUCUGAGGCCUUUCUACUGGAAGGCAGAAUCUAUUUGCUGAAAGCAUGGGCUUGAAAUGGAUAACCUGGAUGGUCAAGAAUCUCCACUUCUUGACAUGUCAUAUCAUACCAUACGAUAUUAAUAUGUAAAAGCAGUUUAUGAAGGGGUAGGUAUUCUCUGCAAGUGCUUGGAAUUUGCAAGAUGCAGUUAACACUUCUAUCAGGAGCAUUUCAGGUUCAGUGAAAAUAUUAUUAUCAGGGAAAUUGUACAUCAACUGCCCAUGCUUUGCAAGCUUUCACAUAGCCAAAGUUGGAAAAAAUUCUAUGCGUUGGUAUUUGAUGAGAUUAAUAUGCUUGAGGUUUUCUGCUGUGCAUUCUGAAACAUCAAUAGCAGCAGCAGAGCUUUUCCGUGGCUCUGGUCAGCCUCUACAACCACUUAUUGUGACAGAGAGUUCGAAUUGUAUGGGAACUAUAAUCAAUUUUAGCUCGAAUGGUUUGUAGAGGAACCCUACCCUUUCUAAUCCA